AUGCUCCAGCUCAUUCUCAUCCCAAAUGACAAUAGGGCGCCGUUGGCCGACUAUCGAUUGCCGCCGUUUCUCUGCCGCUCUCUCAGUCUCGCCGUAAUCUCUCACCUCACAAAAGCCAGUGUCUGCCGCCCUCCGCUCGCUGCCCACUCCCUCGUCGCACCCCCCUUUUUGCCGCGCGGCCACUUCCAACCCGCCGUUCCGUUCGUUUUAGGUAUUGUUUUGUUGGGGUAAAUCUCCGAAUUACUUGUUUUCGAGGCGAUUUUCGACUUUCUCAUGCAUUUUUCCAUAAGAACGUGCGUUUUUCCGAGUUUUGAACCUUUAAACUGGGGUUUUUCAAUUUUUUGGAACCACUUUCAAGCCUAUUUUUGGUCCUUUUGGCACUCGAGCUUGGCUUUUAAACCCGUCAUCUCAUAUUGUAGCCUGUUUGCUGACUUUGAAAAUGUUUUUGGUGACUUUUUUCAGAAUUCUCACAUUUUUUUUGUUGUUUAGAAACAAGUAUUUUGUUUAUCUUUUUUGUUUUUGCUAGUGACUUCUACACUAUAGUGUUUCCUAAUUUUAUUGUGGCUUUUCAAUUAUUUUUUAGUCUGCUGACGUUAUUUUUUUAAAGUUUUUUUCCAAAUUCAUUUUUAGGAUAUUUCUGACUGUAGACUUAAAUUUAUCACUCAUUCUGUCAUUUUUUUGACGAUCUGCUUUUUGAGGGGAUUUUUCGAAGUACUUUUUCAGGAUCUUUAAACAAAUUUCGCUCGAUAAAAAAAGGUUUUUCAAUUUUUUUGAAGGUUAUUUCGUACAUUUUUCCAAGCCAAACUUUAUUUUAACGUUGGAGCCAUCAUUAGAAAAAAAUGAAAGUUUGGUUUUUCUUGAUUUUAGAGAUAAAGCUUUGUUUUUUUUCACAGAAAAGAAGUUUUUAUCUCGGAUUUUAAGUCGGUUAAUUUCAAAUUCCUUCUGUUCAAUUUUUCAGUUUCGCAACCUGUUUCCAUGUGAAUUUUUUUUGUUGUUUGUUAGUUUAAGAUUUCAAAAUUCAUUUUUUUAAAUUGAAGAAAGUGUGUUUUUCCGCCUUUUUAGUCUUUUUUUCGAAUUCCGUUUUCAAACGUUCAAUGUUAACUUCGUGCUAUUUUCCCAAUUUGUGCUCAGGAACGUCACUGAAUCCUUCUUUCCUGUCAAUUUUAGCCCUGAAAAAUGUUUCUUCACAUUUUUUCACGCUCCACAGAAGUCGUAUUUUUUCAUAGUUGUUUCGCCGAGUUCUCGUUGUAAAAGUCUUAUCAACUAUAUUUACAACUUUUCUAUUUUGAAAAAAACGCGACGCUUUGAGCCAUUCAAGUGCGACCGCGGAAUUUGGAGCCGACUUUUUUUGUGCGAAAUUCCUUCAAUUAUAACUCUCUAAAGUUCAAGAUUCGGUUGAAAAUAUGCUCAAGUUAUCAAUCAAAAUUUAUUAAAUUAUUAGAAAAAACAAAGUACUUCAAUUCAAAGCAGUUUUGAAGACAUAGAGGCGAAAAAAAAAAGUCAUGGUCGCACUUGGAAUGGCUCAACGCAUCGGGGAAAAUGUGAAGAUUCAAGGAAACUUUUCGAAGCAUUCUUAGUUAAGGCGACCAUACCGUUUCUUUCCUCUUGAAAUGAAAUUUGAACUGAGGUUACGGUAGGACAAACUUAUAAUCCGGAACUUUCCUUUUGAAAGUAUGUUUGGAUAGUAGUCAGAAAGGCGAAACAAUUAUAACUUCAAACAAUCCUUUUUAUCAAUCUCUCAAAACAAUAAUACCAUUUAAAUCCCAGCUUUUUUCUUAUUAUUAAACGAAUCGUGAUAUUAUCUUCCCGCUGGACAGAUGUUUUAAGUGAUAAGCCGACCCUGAUUUGUUUGCUUUUUUCGUGGCGGUCGUCUUUUCGCUGAUUUUUGAUAGGAAGCCUUUUAUCGUGAUAAAUUAUGAGCGGAACGGGUGAAGAUAGUGAGAAAAAAAACCAUGGAAUCACCUUUUUUUGUCCGUUUUUGCCUGGUUUUCCAUUUUUAAAUAAUAUUUUUUUCGAAACUUUCAAACUGAAAAAGUGAAAAGUAAGCUAUUAACGAGAAAAUAGAGACAAGUUUCUGAAAUUCUGACUCAUUUCUUCAAUUCUCGCUGUCGAUUUUUCCAAAUUUCCUGAGUCUCAAAUUGAAAAAAUUUGGUCGAAAUGAAACAAUUCGUGUAGAAAAAUUGAUCCGUGUUUUUUUUUCAAGUUUCGAAAUCAUUUUUUUUAAACUUCAUCCUCGAAAAUGCAAUUUUUGUCCACCAUUCAUUGUUUCAAAACUCAAAAAAGGGCAUACUCCAUUCAUUCAAACACCAAAUUUGAAUAUGCAAACCUCCUGCCAAAAAAAUGGCGAUUUGAUCGAUUUGGGCCGCGUUUUGUGUCCAUUUUUUUUUUCUUUUUCGCUGUCCACUGAACUUUUCAAGGUCCUUUCGACAUGUCGUUUAUCCAUUUUCACCAGAACACUUCGUUUGAAUUUGUUUUUUUGAUCGAAAUUCUAAAAUAUUCUUUCAAUUUUUUUUAUUAGCGAAAAUUAUUCGUUUUCCGUUGCAUCUGUCCAUUUGGUCGAUUAUAAAUGACCGUCCUUGACGUUGCCCAGACAACAAAAACCAUUAAAAGAUGACCUGAAGGGAAUUUUUCCGAGUUGAGGCUUUUUUCUGCAAAAUGUUUUAUUAAAAAAUUUUAGCUAUUCGCUUAUUUAUUGGUUCGGCGUGAUUCUUUUUGAACCAUGACUGGGCAGAGAAAAUGAAUCAAAACCAAGAGAAAAGGCAGAAAAAAUGAAGAAAAAUUAUGGCAAGCCAACUCUUGGCGUCAAAUAAAAUGUAUCGCUUCUGUUAUGCCGUGUUCAAAGUAAUUUCCGCGAAAUGCAAAAUGGUCUCUGACCCUCCAAAAUUUAGUUAUCUUUCUCUUUCUCUGACAGCUAUUUUGAAUUUCGCGGAAUCACUUUGAACACGGCAUUAGGCACGGUGCUGCAGAUUUUUAAUUACUGUAACUUUUUUUUUCAUUUUUAGCUCUUCAGAACUUUUUCUCAAUUUCUUCUUCUCUUUUCUUACUUUCUCAGUUGUCCUCCACAAUUUUUCGUUUAUAGAAGGCCCAAGUGUGCAAUAAUUUGUGCAUGGGAACUUCCAAAGCAAGAAUUGUUAUAUGCUUCAUGAUUGUGACUUUUCUUUUUCUAAAGGAAUUUUUUUUUCCUGAGUUUUAUGUGUUAAAAAGUUAAAUUUCGGUGAACUAUUCAUUCAUACAAAAAUCCAAAAUGAGGAGAAGUCGGCGGCUUUCGCUUUUCUCUGCGUGGAACCUGAAACAGUGUCCCGAAAUGCCGAUUUUAUUGCCCUUUCAUCUCCAAACUUCUCUCCUCCCUUCAAUUUCUCGAUUCAGUUUAUUCUUGCUUAUUUAUCAGUUCGUUAUGAGGAUUGAGUUAUGAACAAGAAAAGGAUGAACUCCACGAAAAACUACCACUGUUUGCCUUGUCAUUUCUCUUUUCUCUCUCACCCAAAGAAUUGUACACAUGUGGUUUUUAUUGGCUUUUGUGCGUGGUCCGUCCCUUUUUCUUUUCUUUCUCCUUUAUUUUUGCUCUUUUGAGUACCGGAAACUUCAGUUUCAUGUUACUCACCCUUUUCUCGGUUUUCAGGCUCUUUUUGGAGUUUUUACGCUCAAAAAAUAGCUUUCUUACAGUUCAGCCCUUGUAGUUUGCAGGCUUAAAAUGAAGAUUACAAAACGUUUUCAAAAAAAUUCAAAAUGUUUGCAAAAUAUUUAGGAGCUCGACAAAACUAUGAAGAACCUUUUCUGCGAGAAAAAAAACCGCAUCGUUUGGUCAAAAUAAGUCAGUUCGGAGAUGUUAGGAUUUGUAUAGAGAUAGGCAAAGUAAAAAUGACCUGCCGGUCAAAAAACGACCGAGAAAGGAGAAAAAAAGAUGAGUUUUGCUAAUUUGUCGUAAAUUAAGUUGCUUGGUGUAUGCAGAUUAAGCACACGUACUGCAGUUCGGAGAGAAACGAAUUUAAUUUUUCCUUCCAAAAACUGUUUUCUGUUGGUUAGCUUCAUCAGUUCUUCAAAUUGAGUCGAUAAACUGAUUAAUAUAAAAUUUCCGAAGAUUUUCGUGUAUUUUUUUCGCUUCGACUCAAGUGUACUCGAAACUUUUUAAACAAAAAUCUCAGGAGCUUUUUUUUGUUGUUUUCCACUCAUUGAUAUCGUUUCCGACAUUUUUCGUGCAUUCUCAAGUUGAUAUUUGCUAUUUUAAAUGUUUCUCGUGUACAUCAGUGUGUUAUCUUCUCCUUCGUGCGUUUUUUUUUUCGUUUUUCAAGUCAUUUUUGGUUUUUUUUCGUUUUUCAAGUCAUUAAUCACAUAUGGAUGUUUUUUUGUUGAAGGAAAUUGACUGUAGCGCUGAUUUGCUGAUGAUUCCAUCUUUACGAUAAGGAACUAUCGGGCAAAGCCUUCGACGACGUUUCCGAACCAAAUUUGGAAUAAUUAUCUCUAUUUCUUGCUCCGCACAAGUUCAAUGUGGGUUUGUUGAAGCUCCAUUUAUUUCAAAUGUGAAUUUGAAUAAUUAGAGGAUUGAGAGAAAGUUUAAUAAAAAAACUGGAAAAUUAUGUUUAUUGGACUUUUUUUCUUACGAAUUUUGGAUAUUUGAAGGUUUAUUCUAGUUUUUUAGAAAGUUUCUAUUUGGCUGAAUCAAUAUUUUAAGAGUUUUGAAUAUGAUGAAGUAUAUUUGGAAGAGUGCCAAGUUAAAAAAAAAAUAGAAAAUAAUGCGACAUCUUCAGACUUUUGAAAAUUUUGUUUUUUCAAUCCUAUUUUCGUUUCGGCUCCGUUUUCCGCAUAUUUAUCGAUUUUAAAGCGUAAAUUGUUAUAACUUUAUCAACUUAACGUCAAAAUUAGCGAAAUUCAUAACAAACUUAUUGAUAUAAAUGAAGCUAUCUUUCUUUGUAAAAAUGAAUUGCUGUAUUUCUAGCUUAUAUUUUUCGAUUUGCUGACUUUUCCCGCAAUUUUCUGUGUUUUCUUGUUUUUUAUACGUUUUGAACUCUCUCAAAAUGAAGAAUCGACGCUAAAAAUAUAUCAAUUUUGAAAGAAAUAGCCCUUUUUCAGACGAAUACAUAAGUUCAUUGCCCUGAAGAAUUUUGAUAUUUGUUUUUUUGAUUUAAGCGAUCUUAUCGAUUUUUAGGAAAUAACGAUAGAGUUUUUAUUUUACUUUUUGAGAAAAUUAAAUUUUGAACUUCCUUUUUUUCUUUAUACAGACAAGGAAAGUCGUUUCACUUUUUGGUUUGAAAUUUCUGGAAUUUUGGUCAGAACACUUUUUGAUGAAACAGAAGAAGAUCAUGAAAGUUUCAAGUCUGGUUCAAAAGAGGCACCUCAAUGUUAAACAAAACCCUCAAAGUUCGUUAAAAUAUGCUGUUCUGGGCCUUUUUCUCGAAAAUUCAAAAGUUUGUGAGCUAAAGCUCAGAAUAUUUCUUUUUUAGUUAAUCAAGAAAAGUUCUGGUUGGUUUCAGGAAGAUCUCAACAGUGAGAUGAAAUGAAUUCCCCUAUAACAAAAAAAUCAAAAAUUUAUACUUUUAUGAAGUCAUGAAUGUUCAUGAUUAAACGUAUUCAUGAUUAAACGAAGUAUUGUGUUCAUAAUUCAUAAAUUCGACCUGAAACUGAAAUCAAGGAUUUGAGAUGGCGAGCCGGCACCCGCUCAGCGGCGGCAACAAUACGCUGCACUCGGAGCAAAUUCGCGCCGAAAUCCAACGUUUCGAGAGUGUUCAUCCGUGUAUUUAUCAGGUAACUAUCACGGAAAUGUUGAGAUUUUUGAGAAAAAUCGAGCUAAAACGGUCCAAAGCCGAAAAAGUAACGCUUCGGGUCCUUUUUAACAUAUUUUCUCAUAGUUUUCGACUGAAAUUCGCGAUUUUUCCUCUUUCUUCUCAUUUUUUUUUGCUCGCAUCAUUUUUUUCAAUGAAUUUCGGGACUGUAGGUGAUAUCAAAACAUAUAUUAGACUUUUUCAAAGUUGUAACUCUAAAUACUAUCGAAAUUGGCUCUUCACCCCCUUUCUAAAUAAUUUUUUUCUUUCAAAAAUUAAUAAAAUCAGCAUUUUCAAGCAUGGUAGUUGCAUAUAAAACUCACAAGAGAAUUCUUUCGAGAAAAAAAUUUCAGUUUUCAACCAAGUUUACCCAAAUUUCGAUCCAAAUUCAAUGUUUUUUUGUCGUAAUUUCUCAGGUAAAUUUAUGAAAAAAAGCUCAGGAUUUACUGAAAAAAGACAGCUCUUCUAUUCAAAAAAAUAUUAAGAAGAAAUAUUGAAAUAAAUCAUUUAUGCUCAAUCUGAAUUAUUUGUAUAUUCGGCUCGGAAUCCUCUAGAUUCCGUAGCCCAUGUCUACGUUUUUUUGUACCUUUUUUUCCUCUAAUUCCAUUUUUUUAAAAGCACUUCUGAUUUUAUUUCUUGUUUCGUAUAGUUUUUUUGGCUUGAUAGAAUUUUUUUAAAAAAAUCAACAUAAAUAGAGUUUUUUUCGUUUUUUUCGGUCUUAUUUUUUUCGUUUUUUUCUGUCUAAUAAGACUCAUUUUCCAAUUUUUCAGAUUUAUUUCUUUCCAUUUUCUCGAUGUUAGGGUUAAAACCUUAUUUUUAGUUGCUUUUCUUUUAAAAAAAAUUGGCUUUAGAAAUGCGAUUUUUAGUUCAAAAACAGCCAAAAUAAGCUAUUCGAACCCGGUCGGCUUACGUUUCACAGCAUUUAUAUUAAUUCAUUCAACGAUUCGUCGGAGUUGUUUCUAGUACUCUCUUCACUCUAGUUAUAAUAAUUCGCUUCUCAUGUUUGAAAUACAAAAAUGAUGGUCGCACGUGGAAUGGAUCAAAUUCCGAGCUUGUCCGACCAAAAACGAUUUGAGAAAGUAGAUUUUUACCCCUUUUUUGAACGGAAAAAAGGACUGUAGAUCUUGAAUUUCACCUUUUUUAAAUUGAAAAAAAGCAGAAUUUUCAAAAUUUUCCUAUCUCGUGGACUUCUAGGCCUUAAUAUUUACAAGUCGUUUUGUGUCGAACGAACUUUGAAUUUAACACACGUUCUCUGAGAAAAUCGAUGACUUUUCAGUAAUAAAAAGCAAAACAAAAUAAAAUUUUUUUUAGAUUCGCCUCAAAAUGUGAUCACGGCUCACACACGUGCUUUUGAUUAUUUAGCACCAGGUUCCAGGUGGCUCCGCCCCUUUUUAAAAGAUACUGUAGACAGUAAGCUGAAAAAAAUUAAUUUUUUUCCUGUUGAGAAUUUUCAUUCAAAAAAACGUUUGGAAAUGUAAGAAAAACACUAUUUUGAGUAUUUUUUUCAGUUGUAACUUUUUUUCUAACUCGACUUCUUCGGGGAGAAAAAAAUCGAAAUUUCCUCAAAAAAACAGCGAUUUUUUUUCAGUUUUUUUGAGCCAUAACUAGAGUAAGAACCCCCUAUGGUACGACUUUUUAUUUCUGAUUAUGAAACUAGGGGCCUUCUUCUUCAAGAAAAAAAGUAGUUCUACAACAAAUCCCUGGGGUGGGAUAGUUGACCUCCAUUCGACCGAAGGUGAUCAACUCGAAUCGGCUCAAAAUUCAAAAAAUCAUUUUUCUCCUAAUUUGAGGGCUUCUUCCUAUUUUUUGUUUUGAAACAAAAGACAACACUCGUUUUCAUGUUCUCCACCAUUUUGGUGCUCAAAGAAAAAUUUUUAUUCCGAAUUUCUCGUGACUUUUUCGAAUUUUAGGACUUUCGUCGAUUUUUCGAUUUUUUUCCGUUUUCAGGUAGUUUUUUUCUGUAGGAACCCCCGAAUGUGGUCAUUAUCUUUUGGUAUAUGGAAGAGUAGGUCUUUCUUGAUAAGGAAAAAUUAGUCCGGUAGAAAUCUCUGGGGUGGCCCAGUUGACCUCCGAUCGCCUGAAGGUGACGACCCCAAAAAUGGAAUUUUCACAAAGGCUCGGAAAACAACUUUUUUUGUUUCCGUUCUAACAGAAAGCUUUUUCAGUGAGACCUACAUCACUUUUCGACACGAGUCGGAGUCUUUUUCGGCAAGAUAUAAGUAGUUUUAUUCAAAUUUGAGGCUUGGCACGCCUAUCUUCGUUUUCACCGGUUUUACCUGCUCUAAAUUGCUGAAGUAACCUGGAAACCCGUUCAAAAAGAUUUUAGGGAAACCCAGCAAAUGUUUGAAUUUUUUUGAACACCUAAGCAAGGGAGAUCGGAGUGAAGAAAUGGCGAAAAAAGCUUUUUUUUCAACUUUUUCGAGAAAUAAAAACACCUUAUGGCAUUCAAAAAUGUCGAUGAUUCUCAAAAAUUAUUUUUUCGCCAAAAUACAGUAACUGACAGUUUUUUACUUUUUCAAUCAACUCUAUCCAAAACACUUUUGUGCCAAGCCUCAAAUUUGAAUAAAACUACUUAUAUCUUGCCGAAAAAGACUCCGACUCGUGUCGAAAAGUGAUGUAGGUCUCACUGAAAAAGCUUUCUGUUAGAACGGAAACAAAAAAAGUUGUUUUCCGAGCCUUUGUGAAAAUUCCAUUUUUGGGGUCGUCACCUUCAGGCGAUCGGAGGUCAACUGGGCCACCCCAGAGAUUUCUACCGGACUAAUUUUUCCUUAUCAAGAAAGACCUACUCUUCCAUAUACCAAAAGAUAAUGACCACAUUCGGGGGUUCCUACAGAAAAAACUACCUGAAAACGGAAAAAAUCGAAAAUCGACGAAAGUCCUAAAAUUCGAAAAGUCACGAGAAAUUCGGAAUAAAAUUUUCUUUGAGCACCAAAAUGGUGGAGAACAUGAAAACGAGUGUUGUCUUUUGUUUCAAAACAAAAAAUAGGAAGAAGCCCUCAAAUUAGGAGAAAAAUGAUUUUUUGAAUUUUGAGCCGAUUCGAGUUGAUCACCUUCGGUCGAAUGGAGGUCAACUAUCCCACCCCAGGGAUUUGUUGUAGAACUACUUUUUCUUGAAGAAGAAGGCCCCUAGUUUCAUAAUCAGAAAUAAAAGUCGUACCAUAGGGGGGUUCUUACUCUAGUUAUGGCUCAAAAACUGAAAAAAUCGCUGUUUUUGAGGAAAUUUCGAUUUUUUUCUCCCCGAAGAAGUCGAGUUAGAAAAAAAGUUACAACUGAAAAAAUACUCAAAAUAGUGUUUUCUUACAUUUCCAAACGUUUUUGAAUGAAAAUUCUCAACAGGAAAAAAAUUAAUUUUUUUCAGCUUACUGUCUACAGUAUCUUUUAAAAGGGGCGGAGCCACCUGGAACCUGGUGCUAAAUAAUCAGAAGCACGUGUGUGAGCCGUGAUCACAUUUUGAGGCAAAUCUAAAAAACUUUUUUUUUAUUUUGCUUUAGAUUCAUCGACUUUCUCAGAGAACGCGUGUUAAAUCAUUCCACGUGCGACCGUAAUGUUUGGAUUUCGAAAAAAGAAUUGAAGUAUUAUAACUAGUGAAGAUAAUUUUUUUGAGAGAACUUCGAUGAAUCAUUGAAUGAACUAUUAUAAAUACUGUGAAACGUAAGUCGACCGGGUUCAAAUUACUUCUUUUGGCUGUUUUUCGACUAACAAUUGCAUUUCUAGAGCCAAAUUUUUGCAUAAUAAUGAAUUUGAACUGUGGAAUCGAGAAAACACGAAGAAAUAGAUCUAAGAAGUUUGAAAAUAGGACUUGAAGACUUGAAGGGCUGAAAAAGAAAACGGAAAAACAAGACCAAAAGUCGAAAAACUCUACUAAUUUUGAUUUUUAAAAAAAUAUUAUGGAACCAAUAAGCAAUAAAAAGAAGAAGAAUACGGUCAAAAACGCUUUAAAAAAAUGACUUUUGACCCGAAUAAUCUUGAAAAAAUAGCCAGUUUUUAGAUCUUGAUAUCACUUUUUGAAUAGCAGAAGGGCUGGAACAUAAGAAUAGUUAUUCAAUUUUUGAAUAUUUUCAAAAUUUUCAACUCAAUAGUUCUCUGGUGUAAAAGCUUUCAGCGAAUUAACAAUAAGAAUGCGUAAGCCGUUUUUGGUCGGACAAGUCCUGAGUUUGAGCCAUUCCACGUGUGACCACAAUAUUCAUAUUUCGAACAUAAGAAAUGAAGUAUUAUUAUUAGAGUGAAGAGAGUACUGAAAGAAACAUUGAUUGAUCUUUGAAUGAUAUCAUAUAAAUGAUGAGAAACGUAAGUCGACCGGGUUCAAAUCACUUCUUUUGGCCUUAUUUUGAUUAAACAUAGCCUUUCAAAAGAUUUUUUGUUUUCAAAAAAGUUGUCAAUAUCUACAUACUUGCUAUUUUUUGUUCAGUUUUUUUGAUUUGAAUUUUCUUGGUUUUGGAAAAGGCAGGCUUGUGCUAGGGCGUGGUCUGAAGUGGUCACUUAAUAAAAAACCUCUAUAAUGGCCACUAAAACGGAAAAUAGUGGCUACUAUAGAGGUGGGUUUAGGGGCCACUUUAGUGUCCUCUCCAUGUAGUCCUUGGCGAGCCUCUAUAGUGGCCACUAAAAAUUUUCUCAGUUAACCCCAUUAAAGUCAUUUUUUUUUGUAGAUCUACGACAUGUUGAACUGUCUUCCGGAGGCCUGCGACAGCUUGAGAAUGCAACUUCGUGACCAAGUCGUCGCCAUCGAAGGUCCGCUCCAUUUUUUUUUCGUUUUUCCUAUAAAAAAUAAAAGAAGACGCGAUUUUCUUUGAUUGCCAAGAGUUACUGAAAGAUACGAAAGCAGGUAGGUUUGAAAUUUUUUUUUAAAGCUUGAAGGGAGGAUUUCAAGUGGUAAAAACAGGAGAGGAUUUUUUUUCAAGUAUUAAAAAUGUUUAUGAAGAGCAGUCUUAUGAAAAAAAUGGGGUUAGGAAAAAUUAAUGCAAAUUAAAAAUGGAUUUAUUUCCUUUUUUUUGGCUAGUUUUUUUGACCUGUUUUGUAUUGUUGUAGAGUAAAGGGUUGAAAAAUUAGAUUUAUGGAAGGAAAUUAAAGCUAAGAAAAUUUUUAACUUUUUUGAAGCUUGAUAAAAUCAGUUUUUGUGAUUUCAGCACUUCAGAAUGCAAAUGAAUUUUAGUCUUGAAGACUCAAUUUUGCAGUUUUUUAACUUUAUUGAAAAAUUCGAAGUAAUGAAGUGUAAAAAAUGAAGAUUUCAUGGUCUCAGAAACUACUAUAAUCAUUUUUUUAGCAAAAAAAUCGGAGUUCGAAGCGAUUUUUUUGCCGUUUUUCGAUAUUUUUUUGACUUUUUGAAGCUUUAAUUUUGUUAUUUUUUUAAGUUUCCUUGGCAUUUGGGAGGACAAAAUGUUAAUAAGAUGUUUUUUUAUGAUCUCACAUAACUAAAAAAAGCUCAAAAGAAUAAAAAAAUUCAAAUCUUUAGCAAUUUUUUUCGCCGUUUUUUUCAAUGUUUUUGCCUAUUCCGAGCCUAAAUUUGCUAUAUUUUUAAGUUUUUCGUUCAUUUUUUUGUCAUGAUGAAGCCAUAACGGUAAAUUUUUAAAUAAUUAAGCAUUGGGACUUUUUGAGAAGAAAAUUGGAUGACUUGACCCAAUAGACACUUGGAUUCACUUGAAGGGUGGCCCGUUUUUGGGACGAAAUAAGUGGAUCUUCCUUUUCCAUUCCCACGGCUCGAUAAUUAUUCCCACCCAAUGCCUCUUCAUUUUUCUUUCAAUUUAUGGUUUUCUUGGGUUUUUCCGAGGCUCCUGUGUAAAAUAAAGUUGGAGAUUUUUUUUUUCUUUAGGCGCGUUUUUUUAAACUUUUGAGAUUUAUUUUUGAAUUCAUCGGUUUUUUCGUGGUGUAAUUUGAUUGAUGGCUUUUUCUGAAAAGUGUAAUUAGUUGUAAAAUCAGCUUUUUCAUUUUUUUAAAAAAAUUUGAUUGAAAAAAGCUUCAGUAGUGAAUUAAGCUUUCUUUGUUAUGAAUCACACGUUCGGAAAGAGUGAUCACUUUCAUUCUUCUUUUUUUUUUUUUUUAAAUUCAAAAUUUAGUUGAUAAUCUAGUCUCCCUAUUUUGGUUUCAUAAUGCCGUGGUAAAAGUGAUUUCGCGAAGUUCAAAAUGGCCGUCAGAGAAAGAAAAAUAUAACUAAAUUUUGGAGGGUCAGAGAUAAUUGCAUUCAGCGAAAGUAGGAUCUCUUCAACAAUAAGACCGUUAAAAAAACUUCUAUUCGUUGAGAAACUCGUAUUUUCAAAACUGGAUUAGAAAAUCGUUAAGUCAGUACUAUUUUUGAAGCCAUAUGAAUCAUUUCUAAUCUCUUCUACCCUUCCCGAUCAAAAGCCCACUAAUUAGCGGCUAUUUCUGAUGACCUUUUGAAUAAUCAGCUAAUGAGCUCGUUAGGUGCUCUAUUUUUCAGUUUAUGGGAGGAUUACUGACCCUUGUUUUCUUUCAAGAACCGCAAAAUGUUCAUACUUUAUUUAAAAAAGUCUUUACAAGGUGAUUUUUAAAGUGCACUCACUCAAACUCGGCUGAGAAGCGCUUGAAAUCAUCCUGGUUUUCAAAAGGUCACAAAAAAUCUUUUAUUUUUUUUUCAAUGAAUUUUCGAAGCUUCCGAACUUUUUUUGACUAGUGAGUGCACAAAAAAAGGAACUUUGAAGUUUCGGAAGCGCUUGAAAUUUACUAAAAGUCAAAAAAUUACUUCCAAUGCAAUAAAAAAGCUCAAAAGGACAUUCCAGUCAAGUUCCAGGAAGAACUCGGAACAACACGAUCUAAAAAAACAAAGCGAUUUGCAUUCCAAACAGUUUUUGCACUGACAUUUUGCGUCGAAAAACAGUUGUCUCGUCAUUUUUUUUUUGACUUUUUUACUUCAAGCAGCUAGUUUUUCCAUUCAGUUCGCUUGGAAGUUUUUUAGGCUUGAUUUGGAAUUUUUAAUUCUCAUGCUUUUUUAAGUGUCACUUGGAAAAUGCUUGAAAAUCGGGUUUUAUCAAGUUUUCAACUAGAUUAUCUUCACCCAAUUCUUCUCGACUCCAAUUUUUAGGACUUUUAAUCGUUUUUGAUGACCAGAAUUGCUUGAGAAGAGAUAAUUUCCUUCAUUUUAGAACGUUUUGGAAAUUUUUCGGCUCAUAAAUAAUUUAGAGCUUCGUUUUUGUUCAAAAAUUCCAUGAUUUUAUUCGUUUACCGCAUUUUUUUCUAGAAAAAAAGUUGUUUUGAAUAAAAAUUAAUUUGUUUGUCCUUUUUUUAAAAAUAGAGUUAUAAAAUGGCCUAAUAUUCACAGGAAGCUUUUUUCCUCAUAUUUAUCCUUUUUGAAGUGGAAAACUAUCAAAAUUACGACUUGAGUUGUUGUAAAACUGAAAAUAAUCAUUGAAAGACAAAUUUAUUUUUUUUUUUGCGUGAUAUAAGGCGCACAGACGCUUCUAAUAGCAUCCAAUUAGAAUUUCAAAGUUUUUUUUUUUCGGAUCCAGCAAUUUUUAGUAUGGUUAGGCCACAGAAAAAUGAUUGAAUUUUUGAAAAAAACUUUCAUUUUUUAUAAAAUUGAAAAAAGAGACAUUUGAGGUUCUUGUUCAAGUACUGGAAGGAACUCUUUUUGCUCAAUUGAAAAUUACUCUUCAUCUUUUUUACUGUUGUCAUUUUUAUAAAACAUUUUUUCCAAUCAGAACGUCUGAAUUUAGAAAAAAAAAAAUGCUUUUUCAUGUGUUUUUCCAUGUUUCUUGUCCCAUUUCCGGCAAUGACUUUCGUGCCAGUCAGUUUGAUAUGGUAAUGGAAGCGUCUGUCGCCCGCUGCGCACCCGCUUUCCUCCCCCAUCCUCACCGUACAGUCAUCCAUCAUAACCCCGUCCGUCGUCUGACGGACAGCGCAACAUUGCUGAAUUAG